AGCAUAGUCCUAUGCGAAUUCAUUGGUAGAUCCGAAAUUGGAGAUUGAAGGCUGCGGCUGAAGAUUAUCAGCAAUACUUGAAGAGAGCAGUCUCCUUCUUCUAUUGGUAAUCCUACGGAGCUCCAGUGCUCCACCGGCCAGCGAUGGGGGAGGUAAGAAGCUAUCUUCUCUCAUCGAAGACGGCUUCCAGGUUCUCCUCCAUCAUGCUUUUGAUUUACGUCCUUUCAUCCCUAUCGGCUGAGGGGAUCCUCGCAUCCGCUUCCGGUAUGACCUUUGGUCGGAGCUCACGAGAACCGAAAUAUAAGAUAGUGUUUCAUACAGCAAGUUCUCCCUUUCAUCCUGAUAACGAGCAGGAAUCCCUGGUGAUGACUAAUAAGGAGGGACAGAGUUUUGUCUGUUUUUUGCCCGUGGUUGAGGAAACCAAACCUUUGAAGCCAGUUGCCCAGCCAAAUUCAACUAGCCUUAUCAUAGAAACUGACGAGAGGAUUAAACAAAAAACACCUGAUGAGCUAAUUGAAGGAAUAAAAGAGAAAUGCAUCUACAGACAUGAAGGAUGGUGGUCUUAUGAAUUCUGCCAUCAGAAACAUGUGCGACAGCUACAUUUGGAAGAUGAUAAGCCAGUUCAAGAGUUUCUUAUGGGCGUGUUUGAUCCAAUGGCUACAGCUGACUUUAAUCAAAAUCAGUCAGAUGCUACCGUGUUAAAAGAUCCUCGUUCUAAAGAUGCUUCGCAAAGGUAUCAUGCUCAUGUGUACACAAAUGGAACCUUAUGUGACCUAACGAAUCAAUCUCGAGAGACAGAGAUCAGGUUUGUCUGCUCAGAACUUUCGGUUGUAAUCAGUUCUAUCAAGGAGAUUUCCACUUGCAAGUAUGUUGUUACCAUACAAUGUCCAAUGCUCUGCAAGCAUCCAAUGUUCCACCAAGAAAGACCAAUGUGGCACGCUAUUCACUGUAAUGAGGAUCCCAAAUACACGAAGACCACAACAGGAGAACAUUACAAAGGCGCCCAGAUCAAAAUGAUUGAUGAUGAUUCUGAUCACUUUGCAACUUGAUUCCAAUAUAUUUGGAAUAAGAGAAACAUGGACUUACAGGUUCUUGUAUACAAGAUUUCUAAAUUUAAAAUGUUCAGAUAUAUAGUUGCACUGUUAUGUUCAACUUUAUUAUUAUUAUUAUUAUUUUUUAUUUUUGUACUGCCCUGUUUAUAUAUCAUGGUUAAUAUUCAACUAGCUGAUCCUAGAGUUACUCUA